CAUUCUGUUGUGGUUUACCGGGAAAUGAAACUUAUGGUUAAGUCGGAGAACAGGUUUCGUCUUGCUAGUCGGCUACCCCUUAUCCUAUAAAUUGAAGUGAAACGCCGUCUUGAAUAGAAUUAGUUGACUGCUCAAGGUAAGAUAACGAGAGACCGAUUUCACUCAUAAAAAUGCCGACAUUAACAGGCAUAUUGUAUGGGCCUAUCAUGAUCUUCUGCCUGUUAUGCAGUGAGCUUGAAUCAAGGAGUCUGGAUUGGCUGGAUGGUGGACGACGGCAAGUACAGGAGGGCGAUGUUCGUCUGGUGGGUGGGAGAUGGCCAUCAGAGGGGCGGGUGGAGGUAUUCCACGCUGGUAGCUGGGGGACGGUGUGUGAUGAUGGCUGGGGGACGGAGGAGGCGCAGGUGGUGUGCACCCAGUUGGGUUUCCGUGGUGCCCUUUCUGCAGAACCAGGAGGGAAGUUCGGACAAGGUUCUGGAAAAAUAUGGCUGGAUGAUCUAGGAUGCAAAGGCAGCGAGAAGUCCCUGAGUAGCUGUGCCUUUAAAGGCUGGGGAGUGACUGACUGCUCCCAUACAGAGGAUGCUGGUGUGGUGUGUGAUGUUGAUCCAGCUUAUAACAACACAAAGAGCUACCCUCUGGAUCACAGCAUUGAGCUCUCUGGCCAGCUGGGGGAGCUGUUUGACAGUGGCAAGGGUUGUGAUUUCACCCUCACAUUCUCCUACCCUCCGGAAGAUUCCCUUGAAGUGGAGACGUUUGAGGCCCCUGCUAGCAACACAAAGGAGAGUAUCUGUGUGCACAGCCUGGUUCUCUCUCUCUUCCCAAAAUUUGCCACCAACAAAUCAAUCUAUGAAAUGGACAUCAGCUUGAACUGCCAACCUUUCAUCAGGAACUUCAUACGGUACCUCUACACACGCAGUAUCACAGUCACCUCCUCCUCCAUGCAGUGUCUUCAUCAGCUGGCUUCUGAGUUUGGCGCAGAGCGUCUGAUGGAGGACAUCGGACGUCUCUUUGUGCCCCUGCUGCCUGAAGAUUCCUCCUUCCGCACGCAGGUGGCGCUGUGCAGGUACGCCGGGCGGUCCGGUGAUGACCUGCUCCGUGAGAAUGUCUUGGGCUACCUGGGCUGGAAUGUGGAGCCGCUGGUGGCCUCAGCCCAGUGGGUGAGCCUUCCAGAGGAGCUCCUGAAGGGUCUGCUGGUCCGCACAGACCUGGUGCUGCCAGACGAGGCCUGGCUGCUGGGUGCACUGGAUGCCUGGAUGCUGGCACAAGGUGAGGAGGUGAACCCUGAGCAGCAGGCAGCUCUGCUGGGUCACGUGCGUUUCCCCAUGAUGACCCCAGUGCAGCUGUAUGAGCUGCCCUUCACCUCCCGCCUCUACAGCAGCCACAAAGAGCUGUUCCACUCUGCCAUUCUACUAGGGUUCCAGUUCCACGCACUGAACUUCUCUGCUCUGACUGGGCAUGUGGAUGGACAGAGUCAGCAGUUCCAGCCCAGGAUUUACACUGUCAAUCCCUGGAGCGAUCUCACAAGCUUGUCCAGGAGAUAUGACGGAUAUAAUUCUUAUAACCAAUAUGGCAGACAAAAUUCUUAUGGGCAAAAGGCAUUCGACACCCCUGUACCGAUCACAUCCACUUAUUCAUCUAGAUCUAUUCCAUGGGUUGCUGAUGUCUUUUCAACUGAUCAGAGUUGCCUCAACUACGGCUAUAAGUGCAAAACAUUUUCUGGCCGCCUUCAAAAGAGGGAGAAUGCGAGAAGCUUCCAGUUCAGCAACCGACUGCUGUUAGCCUGUAGAGGAAGAUAUGUCUUCCGUGUGCAAGAAUUCAAGAACAAUGAGGCUAGGAUCUCAAACAACAUUUCCAUCCCGUGUCCAGAUGAUCUUACCUACCUAUUCGUUGUCCGUCCUCAGUAUGUCUGAGGUGACUGCCCCAUCAUCACAGACAGUGUUCCCAUGAUUCCCCCUGUCUGGAGCUGAAUGUAUCUCAUUAAAGUUUCUAUUCAUGGUCAGAUGACACAACAAUGUGUUAUUUUAAAAUCAUUCAAAUGGAAAUUUAAUUUACCGAAUCAUUCUGAUUAAUCAUUUUUGUAUUAGAGAAAAUCUUCCUUUGAUGUUGAUUGUUAUGCACACUGAUGAAUAAAAAAGUAUACCCUCUGA